UGAAAUUGGUUGCCAAACAAUAACAGCGUUUGCAAAUACCUCCCCAAAUCCCAGUUUGUGUUGAUAAUUGCUCACGACGACUGCAAAUGGCCCUUUAAAGAGUCCAUCGAAGGCAUUGGAAGGGGGAAAAAGGAAGCAGUGAUCUUCAUUUUUUUCUUCCAACAAGAACAAAGGAAUGGAGCUUGAAAUAACGCAGCAAAAAAUAAUGGAGAAUGAGGAGUUGUCACCGAUAAGAGAUCGUGACGAGAACCAGGAGUCUCUGAAGAAGUACCCACGCCACAGGCACUCGGUGGAGAUGAAGCUGGACUGUGUCAAGCGAAUAGAGAACGGUGAGACGAUGAAAGCCCUCUCUGAGGAGGUGGGAGUAGCCAGAUGCACGAUUCGUUCGUGGGUGAAGAACAAGGACAAUCUCCUGAUGCCCAAAGUGAUGAGGAUCCACAAUCCGGACCCAGAUAUAACGAUAAAGCAGGAGCCAAUAGCGUCUGACGUGGAGAGUAAUGGACUAGGGCAUGAGGCGAGUGGUAACUUGAUACCUUUGGAGAUGAAACCAAGGCCGAAACCCAGGCCGAAGCCGAAACCGAAGAUCCUGGGGCCCAGGGAGCCAGAUAUACCUCAGCUCGUCAAUAAUUCGUUGCUCAAGUGGUAUGAGUACUGCCAGCAGAGGGGAAUCGCUGUUACCAGGGCCCAUUUUGAGGAAAAAACCGACUCCUAUUUCAAAAAACACGGAAUCGAGAACUUCUACAUGACCAAUGAGUGGCUAAUAAAAUGGUGCAAGCAGCACGGUUUCCGAGUGCUCUCGGAGACCCUCGAGAGCAUCCCCAUAACCCAGAUAACCGACGGUGACUUCCAGCGCGAGCUGAAGAACACCCUGGGCUGUACAGACUAUCAGAAAUUCCAGGUGUUCAACUGUUCAGUGCUCUCCUGGAGCUACAAGUCCCUGCCCCUCUCCCUGGGCUACCAAGUGGAGCGAGAGCACCCCCAGGAUGACUACAUGCGUGUUUUCUCCUUCUCCAACGCCGACCUGAGCCUGAAAGUUCCCCUGAUCUGCACCCUAAACUCGGGGAAGAAAAAAUUCUGGAAGAACGAGUUCAAUCUGCCCCUCUACUCCACAGAAACAGACGCCGAGAGACUGGACUCCACUGUCUUCACUCACUGGCUGAAUCAUGAGUUCUCCCCCCACGUCACCAAGUUCUUGACCGAGAGGAACGCCCCCAUGAAGGUCCUCCUGAUCCUGGAUAAGGACAUUUUCGAGGCGCCAAAGCUGACGAUAGACUUUGGGGGCUUGAAGACAAUCGUCGUCUCCAAGACCUCCAGCUUUCUCGUCAGGCCCUUUGACUCUGAGAUUGUGGCCCUCAUGAAGAACUGCAAACGUUCUUUUCUGAAGAAAGUCAACAGCAUGAUCCAGGAGAACAACACUGUCCCCUUGAUCCAGCACCUGGACAACAUCAACAAUGGACACUUCCUAGCCUGGAUCAAGAUGCACUGGAAACGGGGACCUGAUAGCAUCUCUGAGCCCACUGACACGCAGCUGGUGAGGUGCCUGCCUGGGGGCAAGGUGCUCAGCCUCGAGACCAUCGAACGGUGGUUCAGGAGGUGCCAGCCUGAGAUCAUCGAGAAAAAGGAGGUGUCCAGUGUUGUCAUCAAGAGUGAAUGUGAUACUGAUAUCGUGUCCUCGGAGGAGGCCAAGGGGUAUCUUGAUAAACUCAUCUCUUAUUUUACUUUUCAUAAUAUUUUGGAGAACGAGGAGAUGCUAGUGUUCAGCAAUGCCAAGCAACGUAUUACUGAUGUGAUGGAGGUGAAUCGAGUGGUCUGACUGGAUUGAUGGGGAGGAGAGGAUGGGGAAAUCCAGGUGUUUAUUCGAGGUUUUUAAAAUAAUUGAUGGUUGGUUGGAUGUGAUACACAUGCAGAUCAGUGACGAGAUUGGUCGCCAAUUGGUGCACGCACGAAAUAUUUUAGUGGAACGCCUCGGGAAUUCGAGAGGAUUCUGUUGGAUUUCUAUUGAAUUUCAUAGCGGUUUUUGGGAGAUUUGGCGGAGGAUUUCAGCAGUUUAUUUGUUUUUUUUUUUAAUAUAAAUGUUCAAUGGGAAAUAUUGUAGUAAAAAAAAAUGUCUGUUGGGAU